AUGAUUCAGUUUAUUUAUUUGUUGCAGGAAACGCAAUCAGGAAGCGCGGAAAGAUGGAGUGGUCGCGGUCCGGAACACAACUUGGCGCUACAACAGAUUCUGAAACUCCAAGAGGCCAGAGCUCUACACAAGACUUCUCUUCUUCCAAUUUAUAAGAAAAAUGGUCUUCAUUCGCCCCCUAAGUUCAGCAAUGAACAUGAUCAAAUAAACCAUACAAACAUGGAGAACAACGAGGGGAUGAAAAUUGUCGAUCAAUUAAAACUCGAAGCUGAAUUUAAAAGGCUCAUGGAAAGUUCCGGAAAUUUCCAAAAUGUCGGAGAAUCUAAAAAUAGUUUCGAUUACUUAAAACCAGAUCGUGAAAAACAAACCAGAGACAGUUAUUUGGAUAAAGGAUUAGAUUUUAAGAAAGAGAAACUGUCGCCUAGUAGACAUUCACCAGAAACACAUUCACCGCGGAGAACAUCGUCUCCAGAAGCUUCACCCAAUCAUAGUGUUCACCUAUCUACCUCAUCUAGUCCACUUUCAGCUACUAGUCCUAUUAACUCGUCUCCCUUAAAUUAUCUACAAAAUAUGCAGCCAUUUGAUUUCAGAAAACAUAAAAUCAAUGAAACUCAUAUCAAGGAGGAAAACAGAAAACGUGUUUAUGAUAUGACUUCGACAGAAAAAGCAGCCAUGGAUGUGGUACGGAGUCAAUUCCUUAAUUUUCAAUUACCCACUAACUUGCCUAUUCCAUCAAUUCUGCCAUCAUCAUUUUCACACUCCGCUGCAAUGGUAGCUGCUUUGAGUCAAAGCCCGAUGGGCAUAGCGUCAUUACAAGCACUUCUUCCUCAAAUAUCCGCUCAACCAUCAGAUACAACAGAAAGUAGAUUGAACAAUGUAAUGAAUAAAUCACGGUCUGAAAGCUUACGAAAUGAAGGUGAUAGUGUUUUAAACUUAAGUAAAGAUUCUUAUGUUGAUGCACAAAAAUCAAGAGACAUUAUGUUAAGUAAAUGUAUGAGUCCACCAAAAAGACAAUGGGGAGCAUCUCAAAUGCCUUUAAAUUUAGGCACACAUUUUAUAAAUCCUGCUACAGGUAAAAAACGUGUACAAUGCAACGUGUGCCUUAAAACAUUUUGUGAUAAAGGUGCUUUAAAGAUACAUUUUUCAGCGGUCCAUCUGCGUGAAAUGCAUAAAUGCACAGUAGAAGGUUGUAGUAUGAUGUUUAGUUCUAGGAGGUCCAGAAACAGACAUAGUGCUAAUCCGAAUCCAAAAUUACACUCACCUCAUUUACGAAGAAAAAUCUCACCGCACGAUGGAAGAAGCGCCCAGGCUCAUCCUGUAUUAAUUCCACCACCCGGAUCAGGGUUAAAUAUUCCACCUGUAAUAAGUCCUAUGCAUCCAUUUGGCUCAUAUCCACUACUUAACUCUGCACCGCAUAUGAAGUCUUAUGCAACAAACAUACCUUUAGAUCACAAAAAUGGACUAAAUUUCUCACCCACGUUUAAUCAAACACAACAUUUACGACGUGAAUCAAGUUCCGUAGAAAAUAAGGAUCACGAAGGACAAGGUGAGUCUGAUGAGGAUGAUGGUAUAGUUGUUGUAGCAGGUGAUGACGGUGACUUUGAUGAGGUUACUGAUCACGCUGAUACCAGUGAUUACUACUCAAAUUUGAAUAAAUCUGCAGGUUCUGCAGAUGAAUCAGACACAGAAUACGACCAAAGAAGCAUAAGUGAUAAUAAUGAAGUUUCAGAUACAAUGAAAGACGUUGUAAGUACUGAGGUCAUAAAAAGGAAAAGAAAAAAUCUUAAUCCUACUAGACUUAAAAAUAAUGAUGUAGUUGAGACCAAUGAUUACGAAAAUAAAAAUGACGAUCAAAAUAAUGACGAAGAUAGUGUUCUAAAUUUGAAAAGGGUAAGAUGUGAAGAUAAUGAUGCUAUUGAUAAUAAAAUUUCUGUACCUAGUGAUGUUUCGGAAAACCUAAAAAUAAAACAAGAACCUCCUGCGAUAAAACAAGAAAUCGAUGUCCAUGAUUGUGUACAAGAUUUACGAGUUAAGGAAGAACCCAUUGAGAAAUCAACUUCAACGCAACGAAACGAUGUAUUUCAUCAGAGAAAUGAUGAGUUUUCUUCUGAGAACUCUUUGAAAAGAUUAGAAAGUUUAUCUAAAGGAGAUUUUCCUCACAUCUCAAAAAAAAUUGACGUACCUCCAUCAAGCUCCUAUCCUGUUGUUAAUGAAGUUAUUGAUUACUGCGAUAGAUCACCCUCGUCAUCAGUAUCAAGCAACGAUUACACAACCGAUGAUCAUCGAGGUCAGAUCUAUGGACACUUCGAUAAUGGUUUCUUUUUAGUAUCCACAGAUAUUCCAAUCUGUGUAGAAAACCCACUGAAAUGUAAGGCCUGUGAUAGUUUUUUUCAAAACAUGUAUAAUUUGAAAGCACAUUAUCAAAAUACCCAUUUAAAAGUUAUGUACAAAUGCAACACUGAAGGAUGCAGGGCAGCGUUUAAUACUAGACGAAGCAGAGAUCGUCACAGUGCUAAUGUUAAUCUACACAGGCGAAUUUUAUCUGAAGACUUAAGAACAUAUAAUGAUUCACGUAUUUUAGAUAAAAUAAAAGAUCAAAUGGAACUAAUUUCUAAAUUUAACGAAGAUGACCGACCUAUCCCUUACAUUGAGUCACAUAAAUAUUUCUGUGUCAGAGAUAAUGAUAAAUCAAAAAGUAAUUUGGGACAAAUUCCUUUUAGCGCCCCGUAUCCACACCAUCCUUUGGCAGAUGCCUAUUUAAAUGGACGUGACAUGUUUGCCCAGCAUCCAUUUCUAUUCACUCCAUUCGGUAUGCUCCCAAAUUUUCCUCCUUUACCCUAUUUGAGUGGAUUCCUGCCGCCCAAUCUUAAUACAUUCAGUUGUCAAAAUCGAAGUUACUCACCGCCUUUGGCUCCAAAACUGAACUACUGCGUCGAAGAUGAAGCACCGCAACCGAACAGGGAUGGCUACUAUCCUUGUCGAGGGUGUAGGGAGUGUUUCAAAGACUUGUCUAGUUUGAAGGUACAUUGUGAAAGUGUUCACGUACAGUUACUGCAUCGGUGUUCAGUUAGUGGAUGCAAUGCUGCGUUUUUCUCAAGGACUAAGCGAAACGUUCACAGCGAAGCUCAUGUUAGUCGUCGACAAAAUGGGAGGGCCCAAGUGAGCCUCUCGUGA